AAUCACUGCUUCCCAAGAUAAUCAACUGAAUAUGAGUGUGGCAGACAAUAUUAUAAACCAGGGGCAGGCAACCUUUUACAAAGGGUGGACCAAAGUCACGUAGCUUGGACAUAGGGUGGGCUGCUGCUUGCACCUUGGUUGCUUCCGUUGUUGUCCCUCUACCAUCACAUGCCACUGAAUGUCACCCAAGCUAAGUACAGACAGUCAAAAAGCCCAAGGCUGAAUCGAUUCAAUCUUCUCAGUGUCUGAAGAAGAUAAGGAAACAUGGAUGGCCAUAGGUACAGUUAUUCCAGGGAAUUUUAUGACAGAUAUGCUCAAAGCCAGGAAAAAUCUGUGGUCAAUAAAAUGCAGCAAAAAUAUUGGAAAACAAAACAAACUCUUAUUAAAGUCACUGGAAAGAAGGAAGAUGAACAUGUUGUGGCCUCAGAUGCAGACCUGGAUGCAAAACUAGAGUUGUUCCACUCAAUUCAGAGAACGUGUAUGGAGCUGCUUAAAGCAAUUGAGCUAUAUCAAAAAAGGAUCUGCUUUUUGUCUCAGGAAGAAAAUGAAUUGGGGAAAUUUCUUAGAUCACAGGGUUCUCAGGAUAAAACCAGAGCAGGAAAAAUGAUGCAGGCUACAGGAAAGGCCCUCUGCUUUUCUUCUCAGCAAAGAUUAGCGUUGCGUACUCCUUUGAGCAGGCUGUAUCAAGAAGUGGAGACUUUUAGAUAUAGGGCUAUCUCAGAUACCUGGCUGACAGUAAACCGAAUGGAACAGUAUCGAACUGAAUAUCGAGGGGCGCUACUGUGGAUGAAAGAUGUCUCUCAAGAGCUGGAUCCUGAUCUUUACAAGCAGAUGGAGAAGUUCAGGAAGGUGCAAGCACAAGUACGCCACACAAAACUGAACUUUGACAAACUGAAGACUGAUGUCUGUCAGAAAGUAGAUCUUCUUGGAGCUAGCAGAUGCAACCUUCUGUCUCAUGUACUAACAACAUAUCAGACAACCCUUCUUCAUUUCUGGGAAAAAACCUCACACACCAUGGCAGCUAUCCAUGAAAGUUUCAAAGGUUAUCAGCCAUAUGAAUUCACUAUGUUAAAGAGUCUGCAAGAUCCUGUAAAUAAACUCACUGAAAGAACAGAAAAAGAGGAUUUGCAGACUGAGAGCACCAAGUCAGUUGAUGAUCAGCAGAGUCAGUUGAUUUCAUUGUAUGAGGAAAACCACAGCAAGGAACCAAGCUAUUCAGCUGAAGAUAGCAAAGACAUCCUGACUACACUGGGAGAAAAUUUUAACCAUAGAGAAAACUCAGGUGCCAUCGAUGAUUUGCUAGAUCUGAAACCUGAAGAAAAUGCUUGGGAGUACAGAAGCAAAGGAAAAGCUUCAAACUCCCCCGAGCUGGAUUCUGGUGAAAAGGAUGAUAUGGUAUUGCUAAAUGAGAUCCUCAAUGCUACCUCCUUGGAUGAGGGAGAAUUCAGCAAAGAGUGGACAGCUGUCUUUGGACAGGACCCACUCACCGAUCCCACCACAAACUCCUCAGUCGGAGAAAUGGAGACCGCUCCAUCAGCAGCAGCAGCCCCUUCAGGCUUCCUUCCCUCGCAGCUCUUAGACCAAAACAUGAAUGAUUUACAGUCCUCUCUACAUGGUUGGGCAGCUAACAGUGUUAGCCCUCCAUCGAUACCACAGCCAGCACAGAAAUCAAACAGCUUGAAUGUGAACACCAACAAGACGCCUGUGAAAGAACCUGCAAAGAAUCCGAAAGAUCUCACUGCUUGGUUCAGUCUUUUUGCUGACCUUGACCCACUAUCCAAUCCUGAUGCAGUUGGGAAAACAGAUAAAGAACAUGAAUUGCUCAAUGCAUGAGUCUGCUGCCUAUGGUAACUCACAUUCCUUCAUUCAUCAACACUAUUUUUGGGUUUAGAAGACUAAAACAAAAUCAGUAUGCUGUUGUGAAAGUAUAAAGUAUGUGCCAUUAUAAUAAAACUAAAGGGAUUUAGCCCCCUUUUCUAUAGGUACAAUUAUUUGCUCUUGUUUUGUAUAAAGAGUUUGCAUUUAUUUUCUAUGUGGACUUACAAAAUGAAAUUUUAGGGCAGAUUUCUUGCCAAAUUAGGA